UGUUUAAAUAGCCACUAGGUAAAUAUUUACGUGUACGAUCACAUGGAUAUCAAGUUUAGUUGUUUUUUUUCUUCUUCCAUCUUUUUUUCGGCGCUACCGUUCUUCUUGGAAACUGGAGUAAUGUGCUCGUUGUGGCCUCAACGACGGAGGCUGGCCGUGCUUUUGUAUAUUUAGUGCAUAAACUCCUUGAAGAUGAGCGCUUUUGCUUGGAGCUGCUACUCCAACAAGCCGCCUCUGACAGUCUGUGGGAUUGCCCUGUGUUCCUUUCCUGCGCAAUCUAAAUAUAAGUCGGUGACAAAUAGUCCAAAUACAGUAGCAACCCAACUGUGAUGUGGGGGUGGUGCUGAGAGAACAGCUCCUUCUCCAAAGUCCCCCCUCUGUUGGAUCCGGAGUCCGUCAGGAGAAGGUGGCAGAGAGCCUCAGCUCCCACCUGCGCUCGAUUUUUCUCUCCCCCUCUCCUUAUUAUCAUGAAGAGACAAAACGCCAGGACUCUCGCCCUCAUCAUGAGCAUCCUCACCUACCUGGUGGUCGGAGCGGCCGUCUUCGAGACCCUGGAGUCGAAGCAGGAGAAAAGUCACAAGAGGAAGCUCGACGCCAGAAAGUACGAACUCAUGCGCAAAUAUAACUUGACCAAAGAGAACUUCGAAGAGCUCGAGCACGUCGUUUUACAGCUCAAUCCUCACAAAGCAGGGGUCCAGUGGAAAUUUGCUGGGUCCUUUUACUUCGCCAUCACUGUGAUUACGACGAUAGGUUAUGGCCACGCGGCGCCGAGCACCGACUCAGGGAAAGUGUUCUGCAUGUUCUACGCCCUCCUAGGGAUCCCGCUGACCCUGGUCAUGUUCCAGAGUCUGGGCGAGAGGAUCAACACGUUUGUCAGAUACCUGCUGCACCAAGCCAAGAAGUGCCUGGGAAUGCGUCACACCGAGGUCUCCAUGGCAAACAUGGUGACGGUGGGCUUCUUCUCCUGUAUGAGCACCCUGUGCGUGGGGGCUGUGGCAUUCUCUCACUCGGAGGGAUGGAGCUUUUUAAAUGCCUUCUACUACUGCUUCAUUACACUCACCACUAUUGGCUUUGGAGACUACGUGGCUCUGCAGAAGAAUGAGGCCCUGCAGAAUGACCCUAAAUAUGUGGCUUUCUGCUUUGUUUACAUCCUCACGGGCCUGACGGUGAUUGGAGCGUUCCUAAACCUGGUGGUGCUUCGCUUCCUGACCAUGAACACUGAGGAUGAACGCAGGGACGCCAAGGAGAAGGCAUUGCUCUCUGUCAGUAAGCCCAGAGGAGAGGUGGCUCAUCUGUUACCAGUCUCAAUAUCAGCUUCCUCCACACCUGUAGCAGAUAACACCACAAAGGCUAAAGAUUUAAAAGGUGUCUACACUGAAGUGCUUCAAUUCCAGACUAUUUGCUCCUGCUUAUGGUACAGGAGCGAGGAGAAGGAGCAGGACUCCAUACCCAACAUGAUCCCUCAGGAGAUGACAUUCUCCGAUGCCUACUUGCAGCAGAACAAUGACUGUGCUCACUACAUGGAGCCUGGCUCAACAGGCUGCGUUUGCAGUCCACGUCAGUGCACGAGCAUAAGCCCAAUAUCAGGCCUACACAUUUUCUCUCCAUUCAGGAUGUUUAAGAGACGCAGCUCCGUGUAGCCUUUUCAGCACAACAGAUUUCAUUACAGCAUAAUUUGUCUAUAACUGCCAAGUGGGCAGCAGAUACUUGGCAGUCCUCAGCAAAGACAUGACUGCAAGUCGAUGUUUGUGGUGCUACAAUCCCAGUAAUCCAGAAGCAUAACGUGCAAAAAGGGAAAAAAAGCACAUAGAGUACUGUAAACACAAAUAUAUAUAUUUGAGCAACAUCACAGUGUUUUUAACUGAGGUGUUAUUCGAGGGCAUCCAGUAUGCUUUGAGGAAUCCUGUAGGUGUGUCGAAAUUGAUCUGGUUAGCUGCACAUGAACAAUACGUCUGCGCAGUGUGUAGGUAAGAGCAGAGGCUUCGGAGCGGUGGCACAGUGAAAGGGUGACAUAAAAAAUGAAUAAAUGAUUAAAACCUGUCAGUCAGCAGGUCUCAAAAGCUAAACUUUGUGUUUUUGGUAAUAAUCUCAGAGGUGCUGAUUCAACUCAGGGGUUAUUUCUUAAUGUUGUAGCUGGUCGGUGUUUUCCUUUGAUAGGCACGCAUCAUGAUGAUUUUCUGGACUUUUUCCACCAUGGUGUUUGUGACUGGGCUCAUAUCAGUUGCCUUAUGUCGCCCUGAAACAAAUCGUGAUUGUCAAAGCUUCAGAAAAGCUGAUACAUACCAGAAAUUUCAUGUGACUCAUGUGUAGCUGCCCCUGGUGUUAAGACUUCUAGGGCUCUUUGCCCAAAGUACAGGUGCAUCACAGACACUACUAAAUUAUGUAACGUGACAAGUGGGUAGGUUAAAAAAUAAAUCACAUCUCAAGCGCAGUUAAAAAAUCCAUUUGGAAAUAAGUGCGGUGAUCACAAGUAGACACUUAUCAGCACUGAGCGAAACGCUCUCAACUGGAUUAGUUGUGUAACACUGAAAGCACUAUUUUAAAAAUUACUUGUGGGAAGAAGCAAGAACUCCAACAGCCCCAUCAAAAAGGAGCAUUGCCAACUUUCUAUAUGUGCUUUAUUCAUGUCCCCGUGAACAUUAAAAUCAAAGCUCCUGUGUGUUUAGAUCGAAACUUAGACAGAUAAUUUUCCAAAUACAGUAAACACCUGGUGACAUUGCCAAGAUACCCGCUAAGUGGCAGGAGUUUGUUAAAACGCUGAUACCUUUUUACCCCCUAAAGCUCACUUAUUAACAAGCAUUCUGUUUCACUGACUUUUUUGUACAAACGAAAAAGUGUUAAAUGUCAAGCUGUGAACAGCUUUUUAGUUCAUGUGCCAAGCCAAGUAAUCACCUCCCAUUAAACCACAAGUUGUAUUUUUUACACUGAUUAAAUAAAAGAAUUGUUUUAAUGUUUACAUGUUUGAGCCACUGAGAAGUAAUUUAGAAUUAAGGGAAUAGAUCUAAGCCAAAGACCUAAGAUCUAAGACAGAUAUGAAGCACACCUCUGGAUCAAAAAGUAGAAGCAGGCUAUUUGAGCAGCAGCUUGGAGUGGCAGGUGGCAGGGGGUACAGUGGAUAAUAAGCUGGUUGCCAAUCACAGACAAUUAUGUCACAAUG